GCCGGUGCCCCCGCCGGAUGUGACGCCACGUCUCCGCGCGGAGACGGUGGGGGAAGAUGGCGGCGCCGGGGGAGCCCGGGGAGACGGCGGCGUUCGCGCGGCGCAUCGACCCUGCCCGGGAGCCGGGGCUCAGCGCCGAGCAGCGCCGCCUCAUGGCGCAGGUGGAGUUCGCCCAGCGCCAGCGCGCCCUGCAGCGCCGGCUCCGCAGCCGCAACGUGCUGCUGGCUCUCGCCAUCGGCGCGGUGACAGUUGGCAUCUACGGUUACACCUUCUACUCGGUGUCGCAGGAGCGGUUCCUGGACGAGCUGGAGCAGGAGGCGGAGGCGGCGCGGACGCGGGCUCGGGCGCGAACCGAGGGUGCCGCGAGCUGAGCGGGGAGCGCCCGGCCCGGCCCGGCCCGGCCCGGCCCGUGACCGAGCUGCCGCCCCCGCCAGGAGGGACGGGCCUCGAGGCAGAUCCGCCUGAGGGGUUCGGGCCUGCCCCGUGAUCUGCUUUCGCCAGGAGAAGGCCCCGGGGGCUCCCCGCAGGCAGGGCCCCCCCGCGGGCAGACCCCGCCCCGAGGCCUUUGCCGGGGCCAUGCCCACGGGAAGGACAGGGGCGCCCAGGUCCCACCACUCCCACAAUAAAUCCUCUCACUGGAGACCGUG